AAUAUUUCAUAAUGACGUCCUCUCCUCUCAUGAAUAUUUCAUAAUGACGUCCUCUCCUCUCAGCUCUGCUGCUAAAUGUAAACACGGCUCAACUAUUUAUAGAAAAUCUGCAAAAAAAAAACCUGCUGCUGCUCCACAAGUAUCGGCUCUUCAGGAAUACAGGAAGCACCGCGUUCCUCCGCCUCCUCUGUGUAUGUGAAUUCUGGGAUUUUUAACUUUGCUGAACUGGUUCCCAACAACAUGAAGAAUGAUGAAGCCUUUUCAGCGCUCAUGACAGAAUGACGCACGUUCACCGUCUUUGCCGGAUCUUCAGAUUUCCUAAACAUGUAAAGGACAAACCUGUGUCCUGGUGACCGCUGAGCGAGAGCAAGAAGCUCCACUCUGUCCGUCCGUCUGUCCUUAAUAUCAGAGCUCUACAUUAAAGUUGCAUGAACAACAGAAUGUUCCUGACACACUCUCUCUUUCUCUCUCUCUCCCCCUCUCUCUCUCCCUCUCUCCCUCUCCUCUCCUCCCUUCAGGCUCGUAACGUAAACACAGGAGAGCUGGCUGCUAUCAAAGUCAUCAAACUGGAACCGGGUGAGGACUUUGCUGUCGUCCAGCAGGAGAUCAUAAUGAUGAAGGAUUGUAAACACUCCAACAUUGUGGCCUAUUUUGGCAGUUAUCUCCGGAGAGAUAAGUUAUGGAUCAGUAUGGAGUACUGUGGAGGAGGCUCUCUGCAGGAUAUCUACCACGUAACCGGGCCGCUGUCAGAGUCUCAGAUAGCCUACAUGUCCCGGGAGACCCUGCAGGGUUUAUACUACCUUCACAAUAAAGGCAAAAUGCACAGAGACAUCAAGGGAGCCAACAUCCUCCUGACAGACAACGGCUACGUUAAGCUAGCUGACUUCGGUGUGUCGGCUCAGAUCACAGCGACUCUGGCCAAGAGGAAGUCCUUCAUUGGAACUCCGUACUGGAUGGCUCCUGAGGUAGCAGCAGUAGAGAGGAAAGGAGGUUACAACCAGCUGUGUGACAUCUGGGCUGUGGGCAUCACAGCAAUAGAGCUGGCUGAACUACAGCCUCCCAUGUUCGACCUGCACCCCAUGAGGGCUCUCUUCUUAAUGACCAAGAGUAAUUUCCAGCCUCCUAAGUUGAAAGAUAAAGUCAAAUGGACAAAUAACUUCCACCAUUUUGUCAAACUGUCGCUCACCAAGAACACAAAGAAGAGGCCGACGGCUGAGAAGCUGCUGCAGCACCCUUUCGUGUCUCAGCCUCUCAGCAGGACGUUGGCGAUCGAGCUGCUCGACAAAUCCAACAACCCGGACCACAGCACCUACAACGACUUUGACGACGACGACCCGGAACCAGAGUCUCCGGUCUCCGUUCCUCAUCGGAUCCGCUCCACCAGCAGGAGCGCCAGAGAGGGAAAGACGCUGUCGGAGAUUAACUUUGGUCAAGUGAAGUUCGACCCUCCGCUGAGGAAGGAGACGGAGCCUCACCAUGAACCGAUGGUGUCAAGAGAACAAUCAGGAACCUGGACUAAGUGUGAAUCUGAGCCCUAUCUGGACUGUGUUGAGGAGCUCUACUAUACCGCGAGAUCUAAUCUGGACCUGCAGUUGGAGUACGGACACGAUUCUCCAAGUCUACUGGGAGGAAACAAGAGUCUCCUGAAAUCGGUGGAGGAGGAGCUUCAUCAGAGGGGCCAUGUGGCACACUUAGGGGAUGAUGAGGAUGAGGAUGGUGCAGAUGAUGAUGAAACUCACACUCAUAAAUCGAGCACGAUCAUGAGACCGAAGGUCCCGCCUCCUCUUCCUCCCAAGCCCAAGUCGAUCUGCUCGUCUCAGCAACCCCAGCAUCUGAAACACGACGACAGCCAAUCGCACAGCGAGGACGACGGCGGCGGAGGCGGGACCAUCAAGCGCUGUCCGGCCCCGGACACGGCGAGCCCCGCCAAGGCCGCCGCCGCCGCCGCCUCCUCCUCCAACGUGCCGCCGAGGCCGCCGCCCCCGAAGCUGCCGCCGCACCGCCGCAGCAGCUUAGGUAACGACAGCCCGAAGCACGCGGCCCUGGAGAGCUCUGCCCCAGAGGAUGAUGGGAGCUUUAGGCAUUUCUGGGAGUGGCUCCACACGCCUCACACAGAGGAGGAGCUGGAGGAGGCGUGGGAGGUGCUGAAGGAGGAGGUGAAAGAGGAGGAAAAGGAAGAGAGUAACGGGCUGAACACGGCUCCACAUGGUGGAGAGAGAGACAGUCCAGCAGAGAGACAGUCCACCAUGCCCCCUAGUGUCCCCGUACGGAAAGACAAGAAGGACGUACCGAAGCCAAUCAGUAAUGGUCUUCCUCCAACACCCAAAGUCCACAUGGGUGCGUGCUUCUCCAAAGUGUUCAACGGCUGCCCUUUAAAGAUCCACUGCGCCACUUCCUGGAUCAACCCCGACACCAGAGACCAGUAUUUGAUAUUUGGAGCUGAAGAAGGAAUCUACACGUUAAACCUUAAUGAGCUGCACGAGACCUCCAUGGAACAGCUCUUUCCUCGGCGGUGUACCUGGCUCUACGUCAUGAACAGUAGUCUUCUCUCCAUAUCCGGAAAAGCCUCCCAGCUGUACUCCCACAGUCUGGGCGGUCUGUUCGAACAGGCCCGACAGUUACAGAAGUUACCCGUCGCCAUUCCCACACACAGGCUGCCCGAUAAGAUGAUUCCCAGGAAGUUUGCCGUCUCCAAUAAAAUUCCAGACACUAAAGGGUGCCAAAAGUGCUGCGUGGUGCGUAACCCGUACACUGGCCACAAGUACCUGUGUGGAGCCUUCCAGUCCAGCGUCAUGCUGCUGGAGUGGGUGGAGUCCAUGCAAAGGUUUAUGCUCAUCAAGAACAUCGACUUCCCGUUGCCGUGUCCGCUGGAGGUCUUCGAGAUGCUGGUGGUCCCGGAGCAGACCUACCCUCUGAUCUGCGUGGCGGUCAGCAAAGGCACCGAGCUCAGCCAGGUGGUCCGGUUCGGCACCGUCAACCCCAACUCUACCUCCUCCUGGUUCACAGAAGCAAACACACCACAGACCUGUGUGAUCCACGUCACUCAGCUGGAGAGGGACACCAUCUUAGUCUGCCUCGACAGGAGUAUAAAGAUCGUGAACCUCCAGGGACGGUUGAAAUCCAGCAGGAAGUUGUCAGCCGAGCUCACCUUCAACUUCCAGAUCGAAGCCACGGUUUGUCUCCAGGACAGCGUUCUGGCCUUCUGGAGGCACGGCAUGCAGGGACGCAGCUUCAAGACCAACGAGAUCACCCAGGAGAUCUCUGACAGCACACGCAUCUUCAGACUACUGGGAUCAGACAGACGUGCCGACUGUAGAGAUCCAGACACCAACAGAGGCCUCGCUCUGCCCAGGGUGGUGGUGCUGGAGAGCCGGCCGACAGACAACCCUACAGCCCACAGCAACCUCUACAUCCUGGCAGGCCAUGAAAACAGCUACUGAGACACACACACACACACAUGUACACACACUCUCUACCCACUCAUCCCAAACCUUAACCCGCCAAAAACCUCCCGUGUAACAGGGGAGAUGAGCCGUUUCAUGGGUGCAGAUGUGGAUUCCCGGUGGUUUUUUUAAACAAUGCGCCGCAGUGUUACGUGUGUGUUAGUUUUAGUGCGUCGUAGUGGAGGCGGGGCUUAAAAACUGCUGGUCUGAGGCCAGUUUGGGUUUGAGACAGCCGGGAAUCCUUCUUGAUACCUGACACCCACCUUACCUGCAUAGAAGUCUGACGUCAACACUACUUCUACUACUAGUCCUACACAUAGUACUACUACUACUACUGCUAAUACUGCUACUGCUACUACUGCUACUGCUACUUGCGCUAAAGCUUCACUGAAGCGCCAUCUUGCACAGAAAUCCUUCAGCGUCUCCUUCUUCCUCUUUCCUUUCCUCUGCUUUUUUAUUCUUUUUUUAAACUACACCUUUAUUUAUUGUGGCAUGAUGUAACUUUUCACAACUGGGACGGCGUUCCUGUUUUAUUUGGGUUUUUAAAGGAUAAAAAAAGAAGAAAAAGAUUUUAAAAAACAGUUCAAAGCUUUGCCAGCUCUGCUCAACGACACACCGUCACCACACAAGUGCUUAAAUGACCUCUAUUUAAUUGUUGUAAAUAUAAAUGGAGUAUUUUUUUGACAGAGACGAACACUAAAAAGACACGUAGGUCACGUAGCUCGGCGUGUGACAGACAGACAGACAGACAGACGGGGGGGAUACAUUCACUUCCUGGUUCCCCGAUCAUGUGACCAGAAUCAGGAAGCAAAGACCCUCUGAUGUAAUAUACUCGGCGCUCAGGAUCGACCCGAGAGCGGCGUUGAUCGGCCAUUUUUUAUUUAGCGUCAACAGUUACAUGUUUAAGUUUGUUUGUUUUGACCCCCCCCCCCCCUUUGUUGUUGUUGUUUUUUAAAUGCUGUUUUAAUCAGAAAGCGUUUUUUUAUUUUUGCUUUUCUUUUAUUUUUAUCGAACCACUGGUGUUAAAGAUUUGCACAAAGAAAAGGUAUUUGACAAACAAAUGUGAUGUCAUUAUAAUAUGUGUGUGUGUGUGUGUGUGUGUGUGUGUGUGUGUGUGUGUGUGUGUGUGUGUGUGUGUGUGUCGACAUAGAUUAUGCACAUACAAGUGCGUCAUAUACAGAUCUGGUCUUUAACAAGUGAGCACCAACAGAUAUUAAAACACAGAAGGGCAAAUCAUUUAUAUUUAUUCAGCAGAUUGGUUAUAAACAUUAGUACGGAAGUUCAGAGACGCCGGUGAUAAAACACAUCGGUGAUAAAACACAUCUGUAAUAAAACACAUCGGUGAUAAAACACAUCUGUAAUAAAACACAUCGGUGAUAAAACACAUCGGUGAUAAAACACAUCGGUGAUAAAACACAUCGGUGAUAAAACACAUCGGUGAUAAAACGCAUCUGUAAUAAAACGCAUCUGUAAUAAAACACAUCGGUGAUAAAACACAUCUGUAAUAAAACACAUCUGUAAUAAAACACAUCGGUAAUAAAACACAUCGGUGAUAAAACACAUCUGUGAUCAUUUCUGAAGUGUGAUGUGAUUAGUUUUCUGUGUUUAUGACUUGAGAACAGGUUGAUAAUCUUUUAAAGUUUUUUCAUCUGUGAAACAGGUGGAAGAUUAACUUUCUUUGUCGGGAUCAUUUCUGGUUGUUUGUUGUUGUAAUACUCAUCUUGGCCACACGGGGCUGCAGUGCUCCUCGACCUCAUGUUGUAAAUGGGACUAAAAGCACUCCUGUUUUCUUCCAGCUGUGUUUUAAAUGAUCCCGGAAGUGAACAUAAAUGCUUUAAAUCCUUCUUUAGAACACGAGGUAGUGAUGCAAAUUAAUAUCACAACAACAAAUGCGUAAAAAUAAUGUUUCCACCCAUUUCACAGAUGACGAAAAAAGCUUUAAAUAAUUAUCCUGUCAACACCAUAAUUUCUUUCUCUUGUUCUGAAGUCAUGAACUGGAGAGUAGAAUCUACUUCUGUCAGACUGGGAGCACCAGAGUAUGUUUCCUCACUGUCCUCUCAGGGCUUCCGUACUUCAUAACAUUAAACUGAACUUCUGUGUGUUUCUCAGAGGGGAAGUUUGCACAUUAUAUAAAAAUAAAACGAGCUGUUCUGUUUAAAAGAUUCCAUAAAAUAAUGUCCUAACCCCUCUCAUGUGGCACCACAAAGAGAAUAAAACACUGCUUAUAAUGAAACGCAUUUAAAGUGACAUAAAGAGCCGACUCCCUCCAGCGAGCUUCUCUAAACUAAAUGGAUGUUACCAGAGAAAACAAAUGUUUUAUCCUUUUAGUCAUAAUUUGGAGACGUUUUUUAACCCUUCAUUGCUGUGACUGUGUAUAAGAGAUCACUACAUGUAACACACUACCAGUCUGUACAAGCUGUGACGCGAUGAGGUGACGUGAACGCUAGUUUAGCUGAACGUCACCGAGGCGACGUCACUAAAACCUGAACUCUCUCAGAGCCGAAGGUCCACGUUGUCGAGUAGAACGCUUCCAGGAAGUCCGUUAUUUAUUAAUUCUUCAUUUUCUCCAUAAAGAAACGAUCAUCUUAUAACUAAUUAGAACAAUUGUCCUUUUACAGAAGUCAAUGAGCUGCUCCUCACAGGCAGCAUCAAGUCAAUACGUGACAUUAAACAUCAUCAUUAUGAUCACAGUCGCAGUAAAGUUAACGAGCUAAUCUGAGCUUCACUGAAGAUUUAAAGCUUAAACAUCUCAUUGACUCAAAGAGGAACUGCAGCGAAUACUUCAGAUGUUCUACUGAGGUGCUUUAAAGCCACAUGUCGCCAUGUUGGACAGUUUAACAAGAGAAUGUAGCAUCUCUCUGGUUGUUGGUGUCUCUGUUUCUCGUUCCUCCGUCAGCGACACUAACUAAACACUACGUCACUCUUUUCAUGGGUCUGAACGGAUCCUCUGGAUGUAGGUUAUUUGUGUAUUUGAUUUAGUGCCUGUGCACAUGUGACAGAAGUGUUGCUUUGCAGCUGGAAAACAAAUGUUUUAUGAGUUCUUCAGGACAGCAGAGAUGGCACACUUAAUAUAAAGCGGAUAUUAAGAAAUCAGCCAUAAAAGAGAUGAAUUCUACGCCAACAUCCGGUAACACAAAUGUUAGCUUCAGAGCUGCAGCCAAGCUUUUAUUCACACAAUCAGGUUAUUCAACAAAAAUGUUUUCGUUCUGAUUCAUGCAUCCGGUGUCAACAGAAGAACACCAUCAGUCGUUCAGCCAAAUGAAUCACAUUUCAUAUUCAGGCUCACGUGAGUUUGUUGAUUCCUUUAUUCGUUAAAUGUCUCACACGUUCCUCUACAGAAGGGAUCGUUCAUGUUAAAGAACGUAUGUUUUCCGUAUGUUUUUAUGCCAAAAUCUGUUGUUAGUGAACAUUCUACGGCUUAUAAAACUCUUAAAGACUCUUGUUAAAAUGUCUUUGUCCUCAGUAGACGUAUGUAAACGAUCAGAAGUUAAUAAAUCAACAAGUUACUAAAACACGAGAAGACAAAGAGAACGAGAGAUUAGAUCGUAUCUCACGGCCAGGAUAGUCUCCUCCUGUAUCAUAGCUGCACAUUUAACAUCAUAUAAUGAAGUUUAAAACAGAUGAUACAAAUGAUUCCUAAAACCUCACUCCGGUUUUAUUUCUUUUUUUUUCUCCGUUUCAUUCAUACCUUUUAUUUUUGGGGUUUCUUUGGGACUGAAUGACGCUUCCAUGGACACAAGUGUGAACCUAUAAUCCUCUCUGGUGCCAACACGGCCUUCCAUUGUGCUGCAAUGUUAAAACAGUGUGUUCAGAAGCUCUAACGGGUCGAAUCACGUGUGGGAUAAAGUCCAGAGGGAUUCUCUUUAAGACGACGUGGACGCCAGAGAUGUGAAUGUGCUGAACGUCACAGAGAAGAACCCUGAACUGUCUUAAAGACGACUUCUUCCUCCCGAUGUACAAACUCUCUCCUCUGUUCUGUCGCUGUGAUGUCACCUUUUUGUCUUUUUUGUUUUCAUGAUGCGAUGCACACGUUAUGAAAUGUACAUAGUGUAAAAUAAAAAAUGGGUUUGUUUUACAUACUGUAUAAUUGCCUAUAUUUUGUUUCAGAAGUGUAACAGAUUUAUGAGAUGACAGGUUAACACAUUAAAAAGAAGGAACUCCA